GCUUUUUCCUUUUCCUGGCUGCACGGUCAGAAGACUAGGGCAGUCUGUUACAAUCAAAUGUUCACCCCUGCAUGGCCAUGAUCUGAUGCUUUAUAAACUUAAGUUAAUGUCUGCAAGUUCAGACCACUAAGAGGCCCACACAGUCUUCUGUGAGAAAUAUACCCCUUGCAUGAUGUUCUGCUCUACAAGGCUCAAAAUAACUCACUUACACAUUUUCUUUGAUGAGUGUUGGCACUUGGGGUGGGAUCUUAAUUGAUUGAUUGAGUGAUCGAUCUAUUGAUUGAUUCUGUAUCUUCAUUAGCCUGUGAGUACAGUGAUGAAAACUUGGGGUCUGAUAGACAUUUCUGAUAGACACUAUCCACUAUUUCAUGCAACAAAAAUAACAAGGAAUUGAUUUUGGGGGAAAAUGACUUUAAAAAUCAUAUUUCUUAUUGCCUAAGUGCGCACUUGCACCCGUCAUGCCAGCCAAGUUGCUCUUAUCUGAAUAUAUCAUGCAUACAUGUACUUAAUUUCAUGAUUUCCCAACUGUUGAUAACUUAAAAUCCUUUUUUUUAAAGUGUGAGCCAAUCAUGUGCCAAAGUGCAGACAUUUAGGUCAUACAGCAAAUUUUCCUGAUUGCCAACUUAGCUUUCUGCAGGAUGUGAUUCACUGUUUAUGUGAAUGUCAAUGAUAUUAGACAACUUGUUUCAUAUGCUUGAGCUGGUUUGACUGCAUUUUCUCGGUUUUGAAUUCUUGACCAGGAUCUGGAUGAGAUCUAUGAUAUGGCAGAUGAACAUUCUAACGUCGACACCGAAUCUGUUGUCAGUCCAAGAGACUUAAUCAAGAGGUUUAACCUACAAAACACUGAAAUGGCGAGUCGAGGAGGUGGACCUGGAGGAUUACCCCCAAAGCCCAUGUUAAAACCAAGUGACCUCAAGAGGACACAAGGAGGAUUGCGGCCUGUGGAAAUAACGCCAGCCAAGAAAUCCCCAAACUUUGCAGCGAAAGAAGACAACAGGAGAAUAUCAAGCACAAAUUCUGACUCUGGAAACGAAUUAUCACGACUACUUGAGGCUCGUAGGAAAUUCAGUGAAGAGGGGGAAACAACUACCAAUUCCAUUGCUGCAGGCCUUGCCUUGGGCUUGCUAAAAUUUGAAAAUCAACGGUCUGAGAGAAACUCGGAUGCAAACUCUGGUUCGAAUAAAUCCCCAGGGGUUGUACGACCGGUGGAAAUGGCACUAUCAAAGCCCCCUGUGGAAGUGACGCCAUUGAAAUCCCCAGUGGAAGUGACACCCCCGAAGCCCCAAACAGAUUUUCACAAAAGGCGACCUGAACCUUUGCCCAAAACAUCACUUUCAUCAGGCAAGCUACUGCCAUCUCCAAAAAAAGACAGUCCUCCUCAAAUACAGCAAAAAUGUAAAAUUUCUCCUCUGUCACCGAUGCCACCAUCACCAAUGGUUAAACAAGACCCAAAUAAUAAUUUGAGUAUUGAAAUAAACCAAAGAAAGAAUGACUAUAAGUUCGAUAUCAUAACUCACAAAGGAUGCAAGUACUUGGUGUACAGGUUACCGUUAGUCGUUGCUAACAAGCCACGAACACCGUUCAGGGCAUCAGAUGUGGUGCUGCCAUCAAAGUAUUCAGAACGCUCCACCCCUGUCACUGGACGAAUCUCCUUUAUUAAACCAACUGAAUCAGAUGAAGAAGAUGAAGAUGUCAAACCAACCACCCCUCUCCCUCCCCGGCCCAUCAAAGGAUUUACUGAUCACUCAACUGCUGAUGAUGAUGAUAUAUAUGAUGACACGGACAUACCACAAAUUUCUGCUCCUGUCGAUAUGGGAGAUGAGGAACUUUACGAGGAAUUCAAUGAAGAGGAGUUGCAGCAAAUUAAAGAGAAGUUGGAAUUGGAGGAGAGAGCAAAGGCAGAAAAACAAGAGAAGCAAAGACAGAAGGAUGAAAAGAAGAACGCGAAAGAGCAGAAGAGACUAGAUAAAGAGAAGAAGAAGAAACAGAAGGAAGAGCAAGAACGUCAAAAGUUGAAAGAGAAAGAAGAACAAGAAUAUCAGAGGAUGAAAGACAAGUACAAGCUUGAUGGCAGUGAGAGGGUGCUAUUUUCGGGCAAAGCUAAAGAGAAGAUUACUCGAAAUAUUUUUGAGACACUUUUUGAAAAGGGUGAUGACAUCCCGGUCAUGCGAACAGAUGAAUCAAUCAAUCCUAAAGGAAAGUGGCUGGUACAGCUCAAAGAUGGCAAAUUUGAAUAUACUGAUGUAAGACUAGUAGAAACUGAGCAGCCUGCCACCAAUGGAGCUGGGGACGAUGAUGAAAACAUUUAUGAAGAUCAGGAUGAAGGAUUCUCUGGAAGUGUUGCAACUACUUUCGAAGAAGAUAUUUAUGAGGACUUGUGAUUGUGCUAUCAUGUUGAAAGACAUUUGGUGAAACAGUUGGUCAUUGUGAACUAUAUUUUUAUUUUACUAUAAAAAUGAUGCAAUAUUGUUAGAAUUGUAAAUAAAAUUAGAAAGGAAAUACUGUAACGUCUCGGACAUAACAUUUUAGGAGGCUUGAGGUAUCCUUCUGCAGGCAUGAUAGGACGGUUUAUUGGAAAUCCUUCUGAAUGUCCACAAGUGUGUGCAAGGCUUGAAGCCCAUUCAUCUGAAAGGACUGUUCGAGCAAACCUAACCUCCCAGUGUACACGGAAUGGGUCGAAGAAUUUUCUAAGGAUGCAUCCCACAGGGACUGGAUUCGGAGUCCGCAGCUUUUCUAUCUGUGGUCCAUGCAAACAGAAACAGACAUUGUCAUCUGUUCUAGCAGCCGAGACAGCCUGGAGAAGAUUAGACACCAUAGUAAGCCUUUGCCAUGCAACCCUGUGCAUUGGGCUCUUUUUAAAGCCUGUGUGUGACUCAGUUUUGUCUAGACUUGCAUGUAUCUGCACAUUUCAUUUGAGACCAUUAUAGUUUAUGUUGAUGCAUAUUCCAGAAAAACUGUGAUCUUUUUAUAACCGAAAUUGUACAGUGUAUUUGACUGUAAUCUUGAAUGAAAGUGACCUGAUACAGCUCGGAUUUCUUAGGCGUUGUCCUACUACGUGGACUUGGAGUAUCCUUUCUUAAACUUUACAUGACAGAGAUGCAGAAGUUCUUGUAGAAUAUUUACUAUUACCAGGAAGUAGCCUAUUACUUUUAAAUGUGUGCCGAAUGGUACUUAACUGCUGCAGGUUGGAUGGUUUUUAUUGUAAUAAUAGCUUAUGCUUCGAAUCCUUGAUAUCAAUUGUAUUCAACUUAGGAUUUAAUGAACUAAUGAGAAUUCCAGGUAUUGUUGUGUAAUCUAACAUGAAAGAGAGUUACGAGGUUUUAUAAGAAAGUUUCCUUUUGUAUUAUAACUUUCAGAAUGUAUUUGAUUGGUGCUAGUGGGUGGUUAAUAUGUCUUUAAAAUGGGGGGGGGGGGGGCUGGGGAUAAAGAACUUUAAAUAAAUGAAGAAAAUGUAUGUUGGGUGAACAUCAGGCAAUCAUAAUGUGUUCAGAACUUGCUGGAUCAUUUUCAAUUGCUGUCAAAAGUUCUGUGGUAUUUUCAUUAAUGUUUACUUUGUAUUUUUCUGUCGACUUGCUACCUAUAUUUUUGUAUAGUUGAGAAAAAUUUUUUAUUCAGGAGCGAUGUUGUGAUUUACCUGUAUGACACUACAGAUGAAGAUGCAUUGUUGUAUUUGAACUUUGUAAAAUGAUUCUAUUUAUCCAAGUUUCUAGAAUAAACACUUCGUCAAAAUAAAAUCCCACUACUUUUAGUUACUUUCUUUGUUUCCAAUUACAUGAACUGGACCGCAUUGAGAGAAAAACUGGUCGUAUGCCUGAUGACUGCACCGGCUCCUGCCCUCCCGUCCCCGACUUGGUCCCCGGCAGCCUGUCCUAAU